CCAGGAAUUCCGCUCCGAAACUACUCUCGACCUGUGUUUGUCUCGUGUGACAAGCCUCCACGCACAGCCAAUGAAUCAACUUAGUCAUCAAUGGCAUCGGUCCGACCCGUCGACCACCUUCCGAAGAUAUCUUGCGGCCGCCCGACCACAAGGGCAAUUGCUGGCAGUACACCACGCUUCUCCUGAGCGUAUGGUACAGCACGACGAUUUUUACUCAAUGACACACCAAUCGAAGAAGAAACGCAUCGAUGAUGAUCCUCUCCCCACUGAUGCUGGCGUAAAACCAAUACAGCUUCAGCGGCGCAGAGUCUGGAGGGCAUGUGAAAGUUGUAGACGUAAGAAAAUCAAGUGCGAUGGCUGCGAGCCCACUUGCUCUCAGUGUCAGUCGUCUGGAUCGCAGUGCACUUGGCUUCAGACAAAGGACAGAGCGGCUUUAAGCAGACACUAUGUCCAAGAACUCGAAGCGCGUCUCUUGCACAUGGAGUCGCUGUUCUCUCAGAUUACCCCUGUGCUCGAACAACUGGGGCCAUCAUUGAAUUUACCUAGCGUUGCUGGAACCUCAACUGGAGGUGGUGAAGACUUUCCAGCUUCUACUGUGCUCCAAGCGUUGUCAUCCAAAGCUGUUGCGGACACCCACAGCAACGUCUCUACCCCAGAAUCUUCGUCAAUCAAAGUGGAAGAUGAUGUCUCUGAAUAUCUCGGACAGCUCGCACUGGACGAGCACGGACACAUGCGCUGGAUAGGUGGCUCCUCCACAAUGUCUCUCAUACAAUCCUUCCGUACUCUCACGACAUCUCCGCUCCACCGAGUCUCCCCAAUGGAAGAAGACCCACGCGCGCCUGGCCCCAGUGUCAAUAAAUUAUAUUUCCCAGCCUCUGUCUUCUUUGGGAAGGUUCAUGCUCUCCCAGGCGCAGAGGAGGUCGAAUACCCGGACGAGGACCUCUGCGAUAAGCUGGUGGAAACCUAUUUCGAGCGUCUUCAUUUUCUUAUGCCUAUCCUCGAUAAACCCUCGUUCAUGCCAAGAUACAAGCAACUAAUGGCUAAGCGUGAUGACAUUGAUUUUAUUCAAGCAGAAGCCUCCUUCAUCUCCGUGGUCUUCGCAGUGUUCGCCUGCGCGGCACACCUAGUCAACGAUCCCCGUCUGACUUGCGAAAAUCCAGAUGAUGGAGGCACGGGGAUGAUUUACUAUGAGAGAGCUCUUAUAUUGCACUAUAUCAGCCACGCCUCUAUUCAGGUGUCUCACGUCCAAUGCUUCAUUCUCAUGUCCUCGUUCCUGUGUUCUGUCAACUGUCUUCCGCAGGCCUGGCUACUCGUGGGACAAGCAGUGCGAACUGCUCAAGACUUGGGUUUACACCGAUCCCCGCGCCGUCUCGCGAUCUCUACCACUGACAAAGAGACUCGCCGAAAAAUAUGGUGGAGCGUGUACUGCUUGGAUCGCAUGCUCGCUCUUGCUCUCGGCCGUCCACUUGGUAUUGAAGACUCUGACUGCGAUGUUGAGAUACCUGUUGCGGUCGACGAUGAGAACUUAGCGGAUUAUUUCGCUGGAGUUAACUUCCCGCAAAAAUAUCCGUCGCUCAUGACUGGGGCUAUCGCUUUGACAACCCUGUACCAAAUUGCGGGACGGGUUCUGCGGCAGGUUUAUGCCAUUGAUAACUGCAAAGAUGUGCUCGAUCAAGAGAGACGCAUAGAACUUCAGCGUGCCGUAGAGGAACUUGACGACGAGCUUAACAAGUGGUGCGACGAUCUUCCUGCCACGUUCCGGAAUGAGGCGGUCACAGACAAACACGUCUCUAUGGGCGCGGUGCUUUGCAGUCAUUAUUAUUCCGUACUGACCACACUACAUCGCAAUUUUUUGCCCAUCAAGCGUGACCAGGCUGUACUACCCAAGUCCACUGCCAGGGCUGUUUCUUCUGCUCGCUCCUGCAUACGACUAGCGCCAUCUAUCAACAAUGUCGUUCCACCAUCGCAUCACCUUGCCUUCUUCAUCCAGCAUCUUUUUAGCUCCGCUGUCAUCGUCCUUCUUUAUGCCAUGCACUGCUCUGAUACUAGAGCUGCUGCUAUCGCAAUGGAUGAGGCCAAGAGUUGUUUGACGGCACUCGAGUCUUGGGAAGGACAUUGGCCCGGGGCUCGCAAGUGCAAGGAGCUGCUCGCGGAGUUGACAAACACCGCAGAGGAAGCAAUCAUGAAUGGCAAUGGCGGUACUAGGCAGUCUCAGAUGAUGCCCAUGCCACCUCCUGUCGCACCUACUAUGCCUGAACGAAGGCAAUCGCUUGUGUCCUCACCUGGCCAGAUUCCAACUGUCAAUAGACCUAUCAAGAGCAAGCCACGGAAGAUCAGCCGAUCCCGAGAUCCCGUUUCUACUCGACGCCCGAUGGUUUCAUCCCCUUAUCGUGUUGAAUCGCAACGCAACAGGUCUACAUCGCGCAAGCGGGGCCACGACGAGAGUGAGGGACUUGCAGGUUCAAGCUUGAGCUACCAAGGUGCCUUCUCCACCCCACAGCCUUCGAAGCCCAGCCCCCACAGCUCUCCAGCGUCUGUGAACCUCCCGUCGCCGGCCAUGUCCACACUCGAGACGCCACAGCAACAAGAGGGGGGCCCAAAUGUCAUGGGGUCUCCGCCGUAUGGUUAUUCUGGGCCCCCCCUCUCUCCUCUGCAUGUAUCGUCACCGUAUGAUUAUGGCAUGCAUCACAGUCCCCUCGUCUCUUCGAGCACGCACCAGUGGGACUCUAACACAGUCGAACCUCGUGGGACUGAUCUGUACCCGUCUCCGACACAGAGCAGAUCCCUUCCAUUCAGCAAUUUUGAGCCACAAUCCAGUACUGAUACUCCUUGGUACUCUUCAGAUCAAGGAUACUCGGGUCUUUCAACCACCCCACCCACCGCUUCGUUCGCUGCCCCUGGACUACCGUUCCUAGGGCUUGAUUAUAUUCGCAACUACAAUUCGCAUGGUUACUCAGUAGUUGGUGAACCAGACUCUAUCUGGCAAACUUUUGAUGCUGGCGCAUUUGGGUUGGACCCAGAUUUGCCCUUCACCCUUGGUGAUCUGCACGAAGGACAACACUCAUCGCCCUAGUUCAGGACCCUUCUUGCUGUGGUGUUUUUUAGUCGACAAUGUACUUUUACGGGUUUUUUCUUCUACUUUCUUCACUUCAUCAUCUGCUUGGGAAUAUCUGAUUCCCUCACUGAAUGAUAUCCAUAUGCACGUACGCUCUUCAUGGUUUUGUUUGAUUGACGACUCUGCUACUUAGUGUUACGCACUCAGAAAUUACUUACUACUAUAAUGUUUGACUUCCGGGGCUUCUAAGACCUUAUAAAGCAAGUGCAUUAAUAGUAAAUCUAGGUUGACGUCGACGUCGAUAAGGCCUCGAGGCUUGAGGCCGAGGGCUCCUACUUUGUGCCACUGUGCCACUUGCCGACUACAACGGCUCCGGCUCGGG